AUGUCGGACGAAGACAUUGUGAUCACGGGCUUCUCGGCCCGCUUCCCCCAAGCUGAUCACCUGGCUGAAUUCAAGGAGAAGCUCUACGCGGGGGUCGAUAUGGUCACAGUGGAUGACUCACGCUGGCCUCCAGGUCACUGGGAUGUACCAGAGCGACAUGGCAAGAUCCGCGACCUGUCCCGCUUCGACGCACAGUUCUUUAGCACGCACCCGAAGCAGGCUCAGUUACUGGAUCCUCAGAUUCGACUCCUGUUGGAGACGUCGUACGAGGCCAUCGUGGAUGCGGGCUACGAUCCGGACAGCCUCCGUGGAAGCAACAUCGGCGUAUUCGUGGGUGUUACCGCCUGCGAAACUGGUGACGUCUUGAGAGCAAACGCACACAACGCAGACGAGACGGACGCCUACGGACUGCUCGCGUGCUGCCACUCCAUGUUCGCGAACCGGAUAUCGUACGGGCUGGACUUCCACGGCCCGAGCGUCGCCGUAGACACGGCCUGUUCGUCCACGAUGACUGCGCUGCACGAGGCCCUGCUGGCGCUGAGGUCGGGGCGCUGCCAAGCGGCCAUCGUGGGCGGAAGCAACGUCACGCUGGGGCCCUUACUGACUCGAAGCUACCAGCGGCUCGGUUUGCUCUCGCUGGACGGAAAGUGCAAGGUCUUCGACUCCGAUGGCAAUGGCUUCGUCCGCAGCGAGACUGUCGGCGCAUUCUUCCUCCAGAGGUCGUCCGACGCCCGCCGGGUGUACGCCAAGGUCGUCAAUGUCCAAAGCAACGCGGACGGAUACAAAGUUGAAGGAGUCACUUUUCCUUCGAGAAAGGCGCAGGAAGACCUGCUGCUUGACUGCUAUGAAAAGAGCAAUGUCGAUCCACUCAAAGUCGCGUACAUAGAGGCUCACGGCACUGGGACCAAGGCGGGUGAUGUCGAGGAGUUGGCUGCCAUCAGCGCAGUGUUCUGCAAGCCGGGACGCCAGAUGCCGUUGAUGGUCGGCUCCAUCAAAAGCAACAUGGGACACGCCGAAGGCGCCUCUGGUGUGCCCUCGGUGGCAAAAGUUAUCCUGACCAUGGAGACUGGCAUGAUCGCGGCCAACCUGCACUUCAAGAAUCCCAAUGCCAACAUACCGUCCCUUCACGACGGCAGCAUCCGUGUCGUCGACGAGCACAUGCGUUUCCCGGGUGGUCCCGUAGGCAUCGACUCGUUCGGCUUCGGAGGUGCCAACGCGCACGCGAUCCUGGAAGCCAGAACCGGGCCACACGUGGACAGCAUUGCCCGCGAGAAGCCUCAGAUUCAGAGGCUCGUUCUCCUCGCCGGAAGGACUGAGCAGUCCCUGAAGGCAACGCUCGACCGGAUGGACGCGGAUGGACCAUACCCGGAUUCCGCGUACGCACUCCUGAACCGGGUCGGACAGCCAAGCGUCAAGAGGUUCCCUUACCGCGGCUUCGCGAUAGUUCCGGUGGACCAGUCCGAGAAAGAGGUCGUCAAGGUGGUCCAGGAGGCGCCGCUCGAGAAGCGGCCGCUGUGGUUCGUGUUCACCGGCUUGGGCUGCCAGUGGAAGGGCAUGGCGCGGCAGAUGAUGCACUUCGACGUGUUCGCCCGCUCCAUCCGCAAAUCUCACCAGGUGCUCGAGCCGCUUGGCGUCUCCCUGGUCCACUUGGUGACCGACGAGAGCGCUUGCGACCAGACAGUCGUUUCGACACUGGUGUCCAUAGCCGCAAUUCAGGUAGCGCUCGUUGACACGCUGAACACAGUGGGCGUGCGUCCCGACGGCAUCGUGGGACACUCGAUGGGAGAGAUUGGCAGCGCCUACGCCGAUGGCUGCCUGACCGCCGAGCAGACGGUGUUGUGCGCUUACUGGCGAGGCCGCUGCGUGGAGCUGGGAAGCCUGCCCAGAGGAGCUAUGGCCGCUGUUGGGCUUACCUGGAAAGAAGCUGCGAAACGCUGUCCCGACGACGUGUACCCUGCUUGCCACAACGCCGAGGACUCCGUGACCAUAUCUGGCCUCGCCGAAGCAGUAGCCAAAGUGGUUGCAGAACUGAAGUCCGAGAACGUGUUUGCCCGCGAAGUGGACAGUCACGCCAUUGCCUUCCACUGCAAGCACGUAGACAGCGUCGGACCUGCACUUCGCAGUGCUCUCGGCAAGAUAAUCCCGGCACCUAAGCGACGGAGCAGACGCUGGAUCAGCUCGUCAGUGCCACAGAGUCGCUGGCAUGAGCCCCUGGCGCAACUCUGCUCGGCCGAAUACCAGACCAACAACUUGCUGUCACCGGUGCUCUUCUGCGAGGCCCUCGAGCACGUGCCCAGAAACGCCGUCCUGGUCGAGAUCGCACCGCAUUGCCUCCUGCAGGCCAUACUACGGCGUGCAGUAGGCCCCGACGCCAGCUGUCUGGGCCUCAUGAAGCGGGACGCCGACAACCUGGAGUAUUUCCUGUGCUCGUUGGGCAAACUUCACACUCUAGGCUUCCAGGUGGACCUGUCUCCGCUCUACCCGCCGGUGCCGUGGCCGGUACCGCGCGGCACUCCCAACAUCGCACAUUUGGUCAGCUGGGACCACUCUCAGACAUGGAGCGUCGUCAACUGGAAGGAUUUCCCUACAUCGUCACAGGCGAUGGCCGAAGAGAUAGUGGAAAUCGACCUGGAGGCCAACGAGACGGACAAGUACCUAAGUGGACACCAGCCAGACGGUCGCGUGCUCUUUUCUGUGGCGGGCUUCUUGGUGCUAGUCUGGAAGUCGGUGGCCAGGCGCUACGGAAAGCCAUUGGACCAGGUUCCAGUGGCGUUCGAGGAUGUUUCUCUCCAUCGGGCUGUCAUACUGCCGACAAGCGGACGGGUUCGCGUCCUGGUGAACGUCAUGUGGCUGACGGGCCAGUUUGAAGUCGGCGAAGGUGGCACUGUGGUGGCGACCGGUCGGGUUUGCGCAGCAGAAGAAGGCGAGAAGCUGCUCGACGAUGGCCCGCCGAGCAGGGCAGCCGAGACGGUCGCCUACGAUCUGGAAGCUACGGACAUCUAUAAAGAACUCAGGCUUCGUGGUUACGACUAUCGAGGAGCCUUCCGGGGCAUCCUCAAGGCCGACACGCAAAGAACCUGUGGAAAACUAAUGUGGGAGAAUAACUGGGUCACCUUUAUCGACACCAUGCUUCAGUUCUGCGUCCUCACCUCCCCCCAGCGCUCCUUCGUGCAGCCCGUGUGGGUUCAGUCGUGCACCAUAGACCCACAGGUUCACGCACAAGUUGUGACAUCCACGAACGGUGAAGGAGUGGACGUGACCUACGAAAUUCACCGGAACACGUGCCGCGCCGGUGGCGUCGUCGUGAAAGGAUUCAAGACGAGCGUAGCCCAGCGGCGUCCCGUGCGGCAGACUCCGUUUCUCGAGGAGUACAGCUUCGUGCCUUACAGGGACGACGAUGCCGCCAAGGAGGAGCGAUAUUGCUCUGUACGCGAGUACGUCGACGUGUGCUCCGACGUUGCCCGCAGUAUGCUCGAAGAUCACGGAGAGAACGACACCGGAACGCACGGCUUCCAAGGCGGUUGCCGUGACCUGCCCGGAAGCGUGUGGAACGGAUACCUCGAGGACGCCGCUGAUAACCACGGCCUUCUGAAAGUCCUCCUUCUUGUCCGUAAGGAAGCCAACUACUCCAAUUCCCUGUCAUCGUGCGUCCAGUCAUCGCUUGAAGGUCAGAAGCAGUGCUUGGAGAGAGACAUCCUUAACACGGCGCUAUUUGGAGAAGACCCUUUAAGGAGCCUUCUUGACGUCGUCCUGGAGAAUACGGCUUCUAAAAGGCUCCGAGUUCUGGAGCUAGCUUGUGGUGAAAAUCCGUCGCUCAUCGCAUCUUGGGUUCUCCAAUUGCUCCCGCUACACGACUUCCGACCUAAUGUGGAAUAUUCCGUGCCCCAUUCUUCAUUAGAGAAACUAACACCAGAGCAGGUACCAAAAGGCGUCAGCACAAUCACUUGGGACACAUCAUCUAUAUCAAAGCGAACUCUGCAGGAAGCCGACCUAGUGAUUGUGGCUCGUAGUGUAGUCGACGUCUACGAUGAUAUUAGUACCUUGGCCAAUCAGUUGUCUGAGUGCAAGGAACUCGGUUUCGUUCUAUUGUCGCAAAGGACGGCAAUUACGCCGGCCGAGGCAUUUCUCUGGUCUAUGGGUGGCACUGUUUUUCGCACGUAUUCGGACGAGGAGGUUGUCUCUGUGUUCAAGGCUUACGGAUUGCUGCUCGUGGGCCUCAAAUCGAACAAGUUAUCUUCGCUGCUUCUGUUUAGAAAGCGUUCAGCAGUCUCGGACCUCAGCAAGCAGGACGUGGUAAAGGUUAAGAACAAUGAAUUCGGAUGGGUCGAGACGCUAAAGGCGAAAACAGUGCAGUACGACUCCAUGUCGGCCGGAGAGAACAUCUGGAUUCUCGCCGAUGAUGCUGGCACCAGUGGCAUCGUUGGCUUCAUCAACUGCCUUCGGCAGGAAACCGGCGGAUGCCACAUAAGGUGUGUGUUCGAUGCGAGCACCAGUGGUUCAAACGAGGUCUUCGACUUCAGCCCCAGUAAUCCAAAGUAUGCGGACAUUUUUGAGCAAGACCUGGUGAUGAAUGUGUACUGCCGUGGGCAGUGGGGAUCGUACAGGCACCUGUCCCUAUAUUCCGAUGGCCUGCAGAGGACAACUACGGAGUUCGCCUUCCUAAGCAUCCAGACACGAGGCGACUUGUCCAGCUUGGACUGGUACGAAUCUCCGCUCAAGUAUGCGUCCCCCUCCAGCAGAACUCUCGAAGACAGAAGGCUGUGUGAUGUGUACUGUGCGGCGCUCAACUUCCAUGACGUGUUGCUGGCAACGGGAAAGAUUUCGCCAGAGCCUAUUUCAGGCAAACGGGCCUCUUUAGACUGCGCCAUGGGCUCCGAGUUCUCAGGUCGAGACAGCCAAGGUCGCCGGGUCAUGUGCUUGGUGCCAAGCCAGGCUAUAGCCACGCGGGCGAUUGCGGACCCGGAUUUCACUUGGGAGGUUCCCGAAACGUGGAGCUUCAAGGACGCCUGCACCGUUCCGAUGGCGUACUCGACCGCCUACUACGCGCUGAUAAUGCGAAGUAACAUGCGGCCUGGCGAGUCAGUCCUGGUCCACUCCGGCAGCGGAGCCGUCGGACAGGCAGCCAUCGCCAUCGCCCUGUCCAUGGGGUGCACCGCCUUCACCACCGUCGGUUCUACGGAGAAGCGCGAGUUUCUCAAGCGCCGGUUCCCGCAGCUGCAAGACAGACACUUCGCCAGCUCACGCGACCUCUCCUUCGAGGAGCACAUACUCGACGAGACCAAAGGCAGGGGAGUUGACCUUGUCCUCAACUCACUGCCCGAGGAGAAGCUACAGGCGAGCGUGCGUUGCCUGGCAGACCACGGCCGCUUCCUGCAGAUCUCGCACUUCGACGUGCCCAACAACUCACCCUUGGGCAUGUCCGGGUUCAUCCGGAAUUGCACGUUCCACGCCAUAACGUUGGACAAAGUGCUGCGCGACGAAAUCCACUUGGCCGCUGACAAGCGCCGCCUCGUCGAAAUGGUUCGCGAUGGCAUCGCUUCCGGAGUCGUCCGUCCUCUGAACACUCACCUGUUCGCGCGAGAGAAAGCCGAGGAAGCCUUCCGGUUUAUGGCUUCAGAGAAACACAUUGGAAAAGUUGUGAUAGAGAUCCGACCGGAGGACAGACAGCGGCCCACGGCCCCAGCAGUGCCGCUGACGGUAGAGGCCAUCGCGCGCCCCUGCUUCUUCGAACACAAGUCGUACGUGAUUGCCGGAGGGCUGGGCGGCGUCGGCCUGGAACUAGCUGACUGGAUGGUGACUCGCGGAUGCCGCAAGCUCCUGCUCACCUCCCGCUCUGGGCUCAGCACUGGGUACCAGAGGCUGUGCCUGGACCGCUGGCGCGGCGCUGGUGUCGAGGUGCUCGACAGGAAGGCCGACGUCGCGUCCAGCGAAGGAGUUCGGGCGCUCAUCGAAGAAGCCGCGUCCAUGGGACCAGUCGGUGGGAUAUUCAACCUCGCGAUGGUGCUUCGCGAUGCUCUCCUGGAAAACCAGACGGUCGACAAGUUUGAAGCAGUGUGCGAGCCAAAGGCAGCUGGCACGCAGCUGCUUGAUAAGCUGUCGCGGCAACUGUGCCCGGAGCUCGACCACUUCGUCGUCUUCUCGUCCAACUCCUGCGGGCGCGGCAACAUCGGCCAGACAAACUACGGCUACGCCAACUCCGUCACGGAACGAAUCUGCGAGCGCCGUGUCGCUGACGGAAUUCCCGGGUUGGCCGUUCAGUGGGGCCCCAUUGGUGACGUGGGAGUGGGCAGCGACACCACGUGGGACGAAGCGGCUUUCGGUGGCAGCACGCCGCAAGAAAUCAGGUCUUGCUUGGCCGUGAUGGACCAGUUCCUGAGCCAGAGACACCCGGUGGUCUCCAGCUUGGUGAGGCCACACCAGCCCCGGAAGUUGGACGGCGAGGAAAAGCAGGGCCUCUUGCAUUCUGUCGCUCGCAUACUCGGUGUCAAGGAUACGUCGAGCCUGAACCCGAACAUCAGCCUUGGUGAGCUGGCCAUCGACUCUCUGAUGAGCGUCGAGGUGAAGCAAACCUUGGAGCGGGAAUGCGACCUCACUCUUCCCAUGCAAAAGAUUCGGCAACUCACAAUCGCCCAGAUUCAAGGUAUCAGUGAAGGAAGAAGAGACGCUUCAACCACGUAUGAAUCCCUUAGUGAAGUAAAAGGAGCAAAAGAGCUUCGACGGCAAGCGCAAAGGUCACCGUAGUGGAAGGCAAUCAUCAAGGCAUUCUGCGUGGACAAGGCGUUCAGCAGCACGCGGCAACCACCAGUGGGCAGUGACAACAGUGCUCCUCGCUGACGGAAAAGGCCGUCACGAAGAGCUAGACUUAAGUAGCCCACACUCAAAAAGAGCGAUUUUAUAAGCUUGAAAAAUAAGGAAAUAAAGUCACCGAAAGACAAUAAUUUUUUUUUGUCUUU